AGAAAUAAGUGGUAGACCGGAAAUUACUCUGAGAAAGCGGAAGAAAGAGAUGGGAAGAGGCUAAGAGUUGGGGUGAGUGAAGAGCUGUUGCUUGUAGGAAAGGAGUGGUACGAGUCGCAGCGGUGGUUUAUGGGAGGGGGGUCGCUGUGAUGCCUUUCAACGAAGUAUCUGGUUUCUGUCCUUAAAAAACAGAAACAAAAAAACCCGCUUAAUUACAGAGAAAUCCAAUUGAAAUUGCGGAAGAUUAACAUAAUCUGGAUCGGGUUGUCGGCGUCGUCUUUUUGAGUGGCAGCUUUUCUGUCUCACAAAAUCCUGAGAUUGGAUUGGAUUGGAGCUGAUGCUGUGAUAUAGCUCUGUCAGCAAAACAAUGACAACUCUUCAGAAUGCAGAAAACAGCUGUGCCACCUCACCUAUCCGUGGACCUGGAGAUGGCAUGGAAACAGAGCAUCCACCUAAAUCUGUUGAAGUAAUCCACACCUCAACCAGUCAUACCCAUCACAGCCCGCACAAGAAAGUACUUCCCUCAUUAAGUCCUGGAGUUCUUCAGCUAGGGAAGAUACAUAGAGAUAAGGCAGUCGAGAUUGAAGCUGUACGAAUACUGGUUCCCAAAGCUGCCAUAAACCAUGCAAUUCCUACCAAAAAUGGAAAGGCAUCCAAGUCUGUAGGACACCAAAGAGAGACGCUCACACUUUCAGAUGGUAUUUCGGAUACAAAGAAAGAGCUAUUGGAGCUAAAAAGUGAAAUAGGAAAGCUCAAGAACUCUGAAAGAAGGCUGCUACAGGAUAAGGAAGGCCUUUCCAACCAGCUCCAUGUACAGACAGAGGUUAAUCGGGAGUUAAAGAAGUUACUUGUUGCUUCUGUUGGGGAUGACCUGCAAUACCAUUUUGAACGCAUGGCACGUGAAAAAAAUCAGCUAAUCCUUGAAAAUGAGGCCUUGGGGCGGAAUGUGUCUCAGCUUUCUGAACAGUUAGAACGGAUGUCCAUACAAUGUGAUGUUUGGCGGAGCAAAUUCCUAGCAAGCAGGGUAAUGACUGACGAGUUGACUAACUCCAGAGCGAUUCUCCAGCGUCAAACCAGAGAUGCACAAAGUGCAAUUCAGGACCUGUUAAAUGAACGUGACCAGUUCUGCCAAGAAAUGAUAGCUACACACAAGUUGAUGGAGGAGUUGCUGGUUUCUCUGCAGUGGGGGAGACAGCAGACGUACUAUCCAAGUGCACAGCCUUGCAGCACAGCAGAGCUAGCUGCUGUUAAUCUUAAAUUGGCUAGAGCAGUGACUUCACACCUUCUUGGAAACACUGAUAGCACUAACAGUCCAAAGAAGGGUUCUUCAGCUACAGAACUCUGCAAUACUCCUGCUGAGAAAAUGGCUGAAAUGGUACUAAGAAUGCUGGAUCCUGGCACCUGUACAGAAGCAUCAUCAGAACUUUCUUUUUCUGAGCCUUCAUCCUCUUCCUUUCUUUCCCCAAAGAAGAAUAUUGGGCGGUUUCACCCAUACACUAGAUAUGAAAACGUCACUUUCAACUGCUGCAAUCACUGUCAGGGAGAACUGAUAGCUCUUUAAGGAGCUUAAAAGACAUAUCAAUUGUUUCUGAAUAUGUUUUCUUUCAGUGACCUGGAUUUACUUUCCUAUGGUUUUGUGUGUUUUUUAAUGGAGUAGGCUUGUUGUACUAGAAAUAUACUUAAAUGGUUUUUUAAGAUCUCGAAGUCUGAUUUAUCUGUGGCUGGGAUCACAAUGCAAUAGAAACAGCAUAGCUUGCUUUCCAAGGCAAACAAAAUGGUUGAAUACUAUACUCUGGUGUAUAUAACCAUUAUAGGCAUAAUUUUCAUAACUGCUUGUGGGGUUUUUCUUCAGAGGGAAGACAAUUCAGACAUGAACAUUUGGAUUUUACUACUUUGAAGAGGGUUAGCACUUGAGUUUAGAACAAUGAGUGCAGUGCUUAACUUAUAAUCUGUACUGUUCUAGCAGUUAUAAUAUGGGCAGGUGCAAACGUUUAAGAGGUCAUAAUUCUGACUGGAAACUGUUCUCCAGACUCAUGAAUGAACAUUUUAAGUAUUGAGUGAGGCUAAACCAACUCUAGAGUGCAUUGGAGUGUUUAUAGCUCUAUACACGUAUCAUUAAAACCAAAGAAUAGCAAUGUAAGUUUAAGGCAAAGAUUGCAGUUGUGCUUUUCAAUGGAUUAUGCAUCCCUAAAGCACAGGCUUUAACAGCCCUUGAAUAAGUGUGCUUAGUAGAUCUUGUAUAUGAAAACUUAUGGUGCUAUUACUGGUGGAAGGGUUACUCUUCCACUUGUACCUUCAAGUAUAAGGCCUGUAUGGCUUGCUUUUAUUUUGCAAAUAGGAGAAGAAUCUGCUGCUAGAUAUAAAGUUUUUCCUUUUAAACAGUCUUAAUUUCUGGGACAAUCAUGUGUAUUACACUGAAGUGCCCUAAACAGACAUACCUACACUGUGUAUGCAUCUACUUGUAUUUGCUUAAUGUCAUAUGGAUGGACUGAGAUGUUACCGUUUAGGCCUACUUGCUCUACAUAAUGACAGUUUUAAAAUAAAUGUCAGUUGCAUACUU